CGUCAUGGCUUGGAGGAGGAGGAUGCUGCUUCUCCGGCGCUAGGAAGCAGCUUGCUUACCGACCGGUUCACCCGGGCGGAGGAUGCCGGUGCUUAGUGUGCGAGUGUGUGUGUCUGUGUGUGCGUGUGUGUGUUGCUGCAGUGGAAGCUGCUGCCGCUGUGUGAAUCAUGCAGACACACAAACGCACAGUUUUGGAUAGGUUAAUAAUACCGCCGCUGGCUGGACGCCCUGCUUGACCAUCUCAACGCCUACCUUCCUUCCUUCCUUCCUUCCUUCCUUCCUUCCUUCCUUCCUUCCUUCUGGCUUUCAACCUGACUCUAAAAAUGUCUCAGUACCAUUUCAUCAAAUGCUGCUGCUUCCAGCUAUGUAACGCAUUUCGUCACAACAUGGAGAUCGACCAGUGCCUGCUGGAGUCCCUGCCCAUUGGGCAGCGCCAGCGGGUGGUCAGGAGGAUGCGCUGCGACCAAAUACGGGCGUAUUACGAGAGGGAAAAGAACCUCCAGCAGCGCCAGCAGGGCUCAGGGGUCAAAGUCAGAGGAGUCCCACCUGGCAACCGAAAGUCGAAACAGCAAGUCCGCUUCAGCUUGACCGAUGUCUUACAGGACGCCAUCGUUCGCCAUGACGACAAAGAAGUGCUGCGUCUCCUGAAGGAAGGAGCCGACCCCAACGCUCCCAUUUCCUCCGGGGGUUCUUUGCUACACCUGUGCGCUCGCCACGACAACGUGUUUGCGGCAGAGGUCCUGCUGGAGCGAGGCGUGAGCGUCAGCCUGCAGGACGAGGACCUGUGGACGGCGCUGCAUGUAGCAUGUGUGUGCGACCACCCUGACAUGGUGCUGCUUUUACUGCUGGCCGGGGUUAAUGUUCUCCUGCAGGACGUGGACGGUCACAUUCCUCUGGACUACGCCUCAGAAGAAAGCGAGAGCCGUUAUAUUCUUCAAAAGCACUUGGAGGAAAGCGGCGUGGAUGUGUCGUCUAUCCCCGCCAUGAGGACGCAGAGAUCCAACGCCAUGCUAGCUGACGUUAGGCAGCUCGUAGCCGCGGGGGCAGAUCUCAACCAGCCCGGUGACGACGGGGUCACCUUGCUCCAUAUAGCGUGCGCCAGUGGCUUUCGGGAUGUGGCGGCUGUGCUGUUGGACAACGGGGCCGACCCUCAUCCUGUGGCCGACAACUUUUGGACCCCUCUCCACUUGGCGGCUAAAUAUGGAAAGACAAGCAUCGUUAGUCAACUCCUGAGGCAUGGUGCCAACCCCACCCUGGUGAACUGCAACCAAGACAAGCCCUCAGCGAUCGCUGCAUCAGAGCACAUCGCCGACCUGCUGCUCAGUGGGGAGGCCGUCUGGAUGCAGAGGUUAAAGGACCCGUCCACUCCUCUGCUGUGCACGGACCCUUGCUACCACCAUGGAUCACAUGACCUCAGUAAACCCGUCAAGAACCUGAACCACCUGGGCCUCCCCCUCUCCAAACGGGACAGUCUCCUGGAGAGGUGGGCCAUGUUCCGAGAGGCAGGCGGGGGGCUCAGUCGGCAGCCAUCGCUGGAUAACGUCCUUGAUGGCCCCUUCGGCUCCGGGACAGGCAAACUGGAGCAGGUGAAACUGAUGCCUCCGGCGCCCAACGACGACCUGGCGUCCCUCAGCGAGCUGACGGACAGCGGCCUCCUCUACGAGAUGCAGAAGCGCUUCGCCAAUGAUCAAAUUUACACUUACAUCGGACAUAUUCUCUUACUGGUCAACCCAAACAAAGAGCUGCCCAUCUACUCCACGUUGGUGAGUCAGCUGUACCUGAGCUCCACGGGCCGCCUGUGCUCCUCCCUGCCCCCCCACAUCUUUUCCUCCGCCGAGCGAGCGUACCACAUGAUGCUCCAGGAGCGACGGCCGCAGUGUUUCAUUCUCAGUGGUGAAAGCGGUUCAGGGAAAACAGAAGCCAGUCAGCACAUCGUGCGACACCUGUCAGUCAGAUCCGCCCCGAAAGGCCAAGCCUUGGAGUCCAGGAUGAAACAUGUGAACUGUAUCCUGGAGGCUUUUGGUCAUGCAAAAACGCAGAGGAACUCCAACUCCAGUCGCUUUAUGAAGCUGUUAACCGUGCAAUACUGUGAUAAGAGGAAGACGCUGCUAAGAGCCCACGUGUCCACCUACAUGCUGGAGAAGUCCCGUGUGGUCCAGCUGCCUCCUCUCCAGCGCAGCUUCAACAUCUUCUACCUCCUGGCUGAAGGUCUGCCACCCGAGGAGAAGAGUUCUCUUCACCUGAAUAACAUCUUGUCCCACAGGUAUCUAAGUGGAGGACUUCCAGGAGGAACCCCUUCUGUAUGUGGAGCCUCUCCAGACAGCAUGGAGCGCCUCAGCGCUGUGAAGCAAGCCUUUCAAGCCGUGGGCUUCAACAAGCAGGAAGUGGAUUCCUUGUUUAGGCUUCUAUCCGCCGUGCUGCAUAUCGGGGAUCUGCAUUUCUCCGCACUGACAGACGCUGAAAACGCCAUCGCUGCUGACCUGCACUUGCUGGAGAGAGUGGCUGAGCUGUUGCAGGUGUCUUGCAGUGACCUGAGCGCCGCCCUCACCUCCGACGUCCAAUACUUUAAAGGUGACAUCAUCACACGGCGCCACACGGUGGAGAUGGCUGUGCAGCACAGAGACCAGCUGGCCAAGGCCAUCUAUGGACGGAUCUUCAGCUACCUUGUCAACUGCGUCAAUGACUACCUGCAAGGACAGCAUGACGGCGGGGGUGACUCUUGCUUAGAAAUUGCAAUCCUGGAUAUCUUUGGUUUUGAAGACUUUCACAGGAAUUCCUUUGAACAGCUGUGCAUCAACAUGACCAACGAGCGGCUGAGGCGCUACGUCUCAGAGGUGCUAUUCCAGCAGGAGCAGGCGGAGUGUCUGCAGGAGGGCAUCGCCAUGGAGACCCCGCCGUCCCCCAGCAACCAGCCAGCUGCUCUGGACUUCUUUCUCCAGAAACCCCAGGGACUGCUGAGCGUGCUGGAUGAGGAGAGCCAGAGUCUGCGACCGACGGAGCAGAACCUGUACAAGAGGCUGUCCGCACAGCUCCAUUCCAACCCCGCUCACGGCCUCGCCUUCACCACCAAGGAUGGCAACGGAAACCCCCGUCCCAAGGAUCAAGGCCCGACCUUUACUGUCCUCCACUACACUGGACAGAUUGCUUACGACCUGAGUGGAUCGCUCCUAAAAAACAAGGACUCCCUUCCUCAGAACAUCUUGUUUACCAUGAAGUCGAGCGACAGCGUGUUACUGCAGCAGCUCUUCCGAUCCAAGCUAACACAGACUGGGUCUCUGGUACCGUCGGCUCAAGGCCGGGUCGGGCUGAGGGGGUCCAAAACUGCUUUGCUUCUGCACGGGGCGCCACCAGCCGGCGCUGUCAAUAUUGCUCCCCAACCACACCGAGGGUACCAUGACCUCAACAAGAUGUUCAAGAAGAAAGGCUCCAGCUCCUUCCUCCAGCGACUAGAACGAUGUGGGCCCAUCACCGUGGCGGCCCAGCUGAGGAACUCUCUGUCGGAAGUGAUGGGUAAGCUGCAGGCUUCCACGGCCCACUUUGUGGAGUGCGUGCGUCCCAACGCCGGCGGCCAACCCGAUGCCUUCGACGGCUCCCACGUGUCCGUCCAGCUGCGGCACGUCGGAGUGCUCCACAUGGUGCGCACCAUCCGGUACGGAUAUCCCGUACGCCUGUCCUUCCCUGGCUUCAUCAGCAGAUACAAAGAUCUUGUCGUCCCAACGAUGGCAGGCAAGAAGACGCUAUCGGCGGAGGAGACGUGCCGCUCCGUGCUGCAGCAGACCAAACUCCAGGGAUGGCAGGUGGGCUCCAGCAAAGUGUUCCUCAGAUACUGGCAGGCCGACCAGCUCAACGACCGCUGCUACCAGCUCCAUCAGAAGAUCAUCACCUGCCAGAAAGUGGUACGUGGUUGGCUCGCCAGACAGCGCGUACAUCGCCGGACGUUGUUGUCGCAGCAGAAAGACGGCGAGUGCGGUGUGCGGCGCUUCCUCCAGGGGGCGGAGGACAUGGGCCUGCGGACCUACGACCGCCUGGUCAUCCAGAACGCCUCAGACAUAGCGCGGGAGAGCGAUCGCCUGCGCCGCCAUGGCAACGGUAGCUUACAACACGCCCCCCUCAGCAGCAGCCCGCCACUCGGGGAAAGACCCGACCCCGUGGGCAAGGAGGAGGACCAACCUGUUCAAAGGACUGUGGAAAAAGCCAUCAACGGGGGAAGCCGGGUCAUCCGCCACUUUCGAUCCAGUUCUGUACCCGUCCCCCUCGCCCUGGACAACACCAUUCCGGUCAUCAAAGCGCCGCUUCAGCAAGUAGCGGACAGCACCAGCGGGGGCGCCGCCUCCUCUCCUCGUAAACAACCUCCCCCGAAGCCAAAGAGGGACCCCAACACCCGGCUGAGUGCAUCAUAUGAGGUGGUUAGCGCGGGGCUGGUGAUGGCGGCCAAAGAGAGCCCCACCCCAGAAGGCUACGCAUCACCAGCUGGGAGCCCCCCAAAGUCCCAGCUGUCCCCAACAGACCCCGCAGGGUCAUCCAAGCCCCGCCCCCACAGCGACGACUACACCGCCAUGCGGAAGGUGCCCCCGCCCAAGCCCAAGCGCAGCCCCAACACAAAGCUGACAGGCUCCUACGAGGAGAUAAACGCCGCCACGCCCCUCCUCCACCAGCUGCGCCCCGCCGAUGUCAAGAUGGCACUGCUGUCACGAGCGGGCGGCCUCAUGCAGAAGGCCGCCUCCCUCGAUGCUCCUCAGGACGUAGGGAUGAGUCUCUACCGGGGCCAAGGUGAGGAGGACAUCUACAUCGAGAUGCUGGGCUCUCGGAGCUUGCAGGAGCCGCCCGAUAGCCCGGAGGAGGCGGAGUCAGAAGCAGUGUACGAGGAGAUGACCUUCUUUCCUCCAGAUGAUGCUCCACCACCGGCCUCUGCAACCAAGGCGGCCAGACUGGAGACUCUCAGUCUGGGCCUCCUGACAAGCAGCACGGGUCCCCCUCAGAGCGGGGAGAGCAAGCGCGCGUCCGCGGGGGCGACGACGGCGUUGGAGGUCGCUCACCCUCAGGUGGCGUCCAGGAGCCAGUACGGAAAAGACUGCGACAUCCCACCCCCCUUUCCCAACUUGCUCCCACACAGACCGCCCCUACUGGUGUUCCCGCCGUCCCCCGUCACCUGCUCCCCCGCCUCCGAUGAGUCCCCCCUCACACCCCUGGAGGUGAAAAAGCUGCCGGUGUUCGAGACCAACCUGAACUAUUCCGCCACUCCAGACAGCCCGCUGUCGCCUCAAUAUGUGCGCCAGCGGGCCGACUCGUCCCCGAGCCUCACCGUCCUCAUGCCGGAGAAGAAGAGCACACCUCCGCUCACCCCUCCACUUCCUCUUUCUACCGCCAACGUCCCGCCCCCUCCAUACAGACCGCCAUCACACUUCCCCUUCCCGCCCGAAGCCAACUUUCUGACUCUGACCCGAACCGGUUCUGUCAGCGGGACCCAGUCGGACUCCUCCAAGCCACAAAGGCCCAAUGUGGACCCACUGGGGAAGCCGCCCCCUUACUCCCCGGGGAAGAUGUCCCGUCCUGAGCCUCGCAGAGCGCACUCCUGCUCCUCCUCCCCGCUGCUCUUCAACCCGGCCAAUGGCAGGGCCCUGACCAGCCCCCUGGACGAGCUCAACACCUUGUUCAGCACCGGGCGCAGCUUGCUCAGGAAGUCCUCCACGGGACGCAAGAUGCGGGACGGAGGGUUCAACUCCAACAUCAAUUUACCAGGCCGGGAAGAGUGUGGCUCCGCCCCAUCCUCGCCGUCCCUGCAGCUCCAGGACAAGAACGCUAACAAUCACUCUGUUCACUCCUCAAGCCCCGCCCCUAUUGAGAAUGGCAACCAGAUCUCCAACGGGUCACUGGAGGACGAGGUGCACGUCAAAUCAAACAUGUCCAGCUCCUCUCUGCACAGACACAUGGACAGUCACCACACACAGGCGUUCCAGAAGCUACGUCUUUCCAACGGGAAUGCGGGAACCACCACGACGCGGGACCUUCCACGCUGGCGGCACACGCAGUGUGAGGGGCGGGGCCACUGGAAGCUACGCCCAACUCAUACUCCUCUCCUGCCUCCCACGCUGCUCUGGUCCAGCAGGAAGGCCUCCCCGUGAUCUCAGGACAUGAUGUUUCAAGCUAGCUAAACCUCCAAGGUCCUGCCUCAUGGUUGCAGACCCGAUGGCGCCUUACGGGGACGCCACGACCCUGCCAACUAUGAAGCACUUUGACUCCAAAUAAAAGCAUGGAGGGCAAAUUCCCAGGGACGUUAUGUAGAUGAAUAUUUAUUUCAAAGGAUGACUUAGCUUACUUCGAGAACGAAGUCCGGUUCCAAGUGGUACAAGAAGAGAAGUCCAUCCUAAAGCUGGUGCUGAUUACACUUGACGUGCUUUCCUGCAACGGACGUUUACAAGUCAAGCGACGCCUUCAACCAACAUCUUCAAACACACCAGACGCUUCAGGUAAACAGCUCCAAUACCAAGGUUCUCCGUACCUCAGUCCCAUCCCGAGGUGCAUUCCUCUUGUCUCCUGUUGCCUCCAGCCUUUGAGGCAAACAUCUGGACACAAAUUACCGCACUUAGCUUUGGGGGGGGGGCAGCUCCAACAAAAACCAUAUGCCCCAAAUACCAGAAACGUUUCCAGCUUUGUUGGUUCUGCAUCCCCAGACGCAAAGCAACAGUAGAUCAGGCCGAUCUCGCUACUUUCCCAAGAUGCAUUUGCUGUCAAGUACCAGAACCCGUUCAGGUAAACAGUUUCAUCAUCCAUGUCCUGGUUUGUUUACGUCUUCAGAAACAAGCAACCGCACAUCAGGCACACAUCCCAAGGUGCAUUUGUCUUAAUUCCGCUUAAAGCCGCCCUUUGAGGAAGACUGAGAGUUCCAAUUCCAGGUACCAGAAGCUUUUCAGGUACACGGGUGGUAGACCAACACAAACCAGAGCACAGGCCCCCCAAAUAACAUCCCAAGGUGCAUUUAUCUUCCCUUGUGUAAGUGCCAGCCUUUGGGUAAGACCUCUGGAUGACAACUGCUGCGCUUAACUUUCUGGUAAAACCAAGAUCCAGCAAAAAACCCAUACACGAGGUACAAAGUACCACAUUCCAGGUACACAGAUGGAACACGACACUCUGGCUUCUUCGUGACAAAACAAGAAAACCACCACAGACGUCAGUUACAGCCAGCCUUUGACAAAGUCCUCUCCAUGGAAACUGCUGCUCUUACUUUCUGAUCCAUUGGAGAUGGAAACAAAAACCCCUACACCAGGUACCGGGUACCAGGUACCAGAAAAAUACAAAAGGUACAAAAGUGCAUCUAUCCUCAGCAACAUCGACUCCUGUGGCCGAAAACCACGUACACGGAAAUGACCACACUUAGUACCUUUAUCGUAAAAUGGAAAUCAUGCCAAAAACAAAAUGCACCAGGUACUCGGAACUAGGAACUCUUCAGGUACCCGGAUGUUGGACUGGCGCUAUGGGACCUGACGCCACUACUGUCUCAGCCUUUAAAGAAGACUUCCGGACACAAACGACUUUGCGGGUAAUCCAACCAAAAACUGCUGCAAACAGGAAGCGGUCCUUGUGGAAACCCUGUGCCAAAGUGUCCCAACUCCAACAGUUCUGCAACAUCCCCGGGUCCUCAUCCAGUCUGGAAAAGACUCGAUCCAAGCUGCUCCUGUGGCUCGUGGAUCUCCUUGAACCUGCAAGGUGACCUCAAUGCUUGUACAGAAUCCUCUAGCGUCCUCUACCGUGUGUCUGGACACGCACCUCCAGUCUCUAGUCCCUAGACCCCUAACCCCCAUUCUUUGGUGUUUGACCUCCUAAUGGCGCGAAGCGGGUGUUGCCGUGGUAACGGCUGUGUAAAUAGUGACUGCUGAUGAACGGAGAUGAAUUGACGCUGUCUGAGAUGGGAGUGUCUCGGGUUGGAUGCAAUGACAGAAAGGUUUAUUUUCAAAUGUCAAUACCUUCGUUUUAUGAAAGAUCGGCGAUGGAUAUGGAUCUUCAUACCGUAGUUCUGAUUGCUCAAUCUGUUCCAUCCGCAUUGUUUUUAUGAACGUCUGAUUCUGGGUCCUGGUGCCGACCAGCACCGGCCUAAUGGACCUGCUGUGUCCUGACAAGCUGACGGUUGGCCAGCGUCGUUAGACGAGUGUAUCAAUAGAUCCGAUUGAUUGCUCUGUUCCACCGCUGAUCACUCUUAAUGUGUCUCAUUGAUUCCGCCUUACCGAUUGACGGCAACAUCACAGGAUUGAUCACGGCUGGAGGCCCUGACGCAUUCAUAUUCCAACAGGAAUCAGCAUUUGGACUCGUCUUUGGUGGUCUUUGGUGGUCUUUGGUGGUCUUUGGUGGUCUUUGGUGGUCUUUGGUGGUCUUUGGUGGAUUGAGUGGAUGAAGUCUUAAAGGUCCUCAAUCAUAUGCAUGUACUUUUUUACUUUUUUUUUUUUUUUUUUUACUAUUUUCAAGAAGUGUCAGGGGUCCAGCACCUCCAGCUUUGUGGGCACGUGU